AUGGCCGCACGAAUGAGAGGGUCUGCAUCCCCUUCGAUGCGCUUGAUCCUUCGUCCUUCGGCCACUGUCGCCCGGGUUCCCUUUCGGACACCCCGGCGUGGGCUAGCUAGUCAAAAUGCGCAAAAGUCCAACGGGUCUCCGAGUAUGGUCCUUGGUGGCUUGGGUGCGGCAGGUGCCGGGGCUGCGGCAUAUAUUGGAUACUCUUUCUUCAAAGGAGAUUUCAAUGAGGUGCCAACUGAGAGCAAGUCUGCUGCCGAGAAGCAAAUGAUUAACGUCCAUGACCUGCAAGAGCAACCAUUGAUCCAGGAAAAGCGAAGCCUGAAAAGCCCAGCGGUCUAUAUGUGUGGCUCGAAUGUCUACAAAGUCGUGGAUCCAGGGUCAAAGGAUACUGAUGUCAAGACGCCCCGUCGUUUUAAGUAUUUCAACGGACAGGUCUUGCGUGAUCUCAAAGCGAAUGAAAAAUCCGGCGCUGCAAUCACGGAAGAUGGUGAUCUGGUUCAAUGGGGCAAAGGCUUCUCCGAGAAAGAAUACAAGCCCACAAAGACUUUGACUGGCAAGAAUCUCAAGUCCCUCGCCCUAUCAGAGAAUCGGGUUAUUGCGCUUUCAUCCGAUGGCACCGUAUAUUCGCUGCCCAUUGCCAAAGAAGAGCAGCAGGUCGGUCCAAGGACACAAGAAGGUUCCUGGAUACCUUUCUGGAGUAAUCAGUCCGCCCUGAGCUAUCGCUGCUUAAAGCCAGCCUUGGGCUUUGGCGAAAAGGUGACCUCCAUCUCAACAGGUCAAGAGCACGUGGUUCUCUUAACCAGCUCCGGCCGCGUGUUCACCGCUGUCGCAUCAACCGAACACUAUCCUUCACGAGGCCAACUCGGGGUGCCUGGAUUGACAUGGUCAACUCGUCCCAAGGGGCCAGUCGAUGUCUGCCACGAGGUCACGGCUUUCCUGGGCUCCCCGGUUUCGAAGAUAAGUGCCGGUGACUAUCACUCGCUUGCGCUCACCAAGGACGGCCGGGUCUUUGCCUGGGGUGACAACUCGUUUGGUCAGCUAGGCGUUGAUUACGACUCCGAACAGACAUCCAGAGACACCCCCUUUGCCCUUUCCCUAUCAAAACUUUACCGCCGGGGGCUGUACGCCGUACAGGCGACCAACAUCGCAGCCGGUGGGGCGGGUAGUUUCUUCACUGUUGAUGCCAAACGCGUUCUUGGGCCGGAGGAGAGUCCUAAGGCGGUCCGUGACCUCGACCAUGUCACCGCUGACACAUGGGCUUGCGGCAAGGGUAUUUGGGGUCAAUUGGGAACAGGCAGAUGGGUUCAUCUGCAAGAUUCGCCCGCCAAGGUCAAGGAUCUGAGUGGGUUAGCGGAGUACGACGAGGUCAAGAAUCAAAUGACACCCAUUCGUCUUCGCGACAUCUCCGUGGGUACCACCCAUGUUUCCGCGAUUAUGGACAACAAGACCGCGGUCACCUCCAGACCCACCGACUCCCUUGAUAGGUCGCGUGAUUUUGGCUACGACCUUCUUUUGUGGGGAGGCAAUGAGCAUUUCCAGCUGGGUACCGGAAAGCGCGUAAACUUCUCGCGACCAAGCUAUAUCAGGGCACCGGCUGAGGCAUCGAAGAAAGACGAGCCAGAGGCCCGCUUGCAAAUCAUGCCUCGGCACAAGGGAAUGGUGGGGAAGCGAUCGGUCAGGAUGGAGCAGAGAGUCGAAUGUGGUCGCCAUGUCACUGCGAUCUUCUCUGCGGUAGCAUAA